CUGUUUUCCUGCAUUUCGUUUCCCGGAACGCGGAAGUCGGCGCAGCAUGCGUCGUGUACUGAAUUUGUAGCGUGUACAUUGUAAAACACUAGCGUAUUAAAGUAGUCGAGACGCUCACGCGAAUCACGUGUAUUUGUAGCGUUCUCAAGACAUUUAAAAUCUUGUCAUUUCUGAUAAGGAGAAAACGUAUCGAUAAACGCCGGUGGCCAGCCAUCAUGAAGAUUAAGCGACAAAAACAAGCCAAGAAAACAUUAUCUUUUUACAAAUAUAAUUUUAACUUCAGGGAACCCUAUCAGAUUCUUAUUGACGGAACUUUCAGUCAAGCGGCAUUGAAGAACAAGAUUCAAAUCAAGGAGCAAAUGCCGAAGUAUCUUAUGGGUGAGGUACAGCUUUGCACCACGAACUGCGCAUUGAAAGAACUGGAGACCCUGGGGAAAGAGCUCUACGGGGCCAAAAUCAUUCUGCAGCGGUAUCAAGUGAGGAAAUGUCAGCAUUUCAAGAACCCCGUUCCUGCCUCGGAGUGUCUGCUGUCAAUGCUGGAGAACACAAACCCGCAUCACUACUUUGUUGCCACGCAGGACUUCAAGCUGACAACAAGUCUUAAGAAGAUGGCAGGCGUACCUCUGCUGUACAUCAUCCUCAACACGAUUGUGCUGGAAAAACCCAGCCAGUCGUCGCUCGACCAGGUUCAGGCGGUCCAGCUGGGCGAGCUCAUCAGCCCGGCACAGCAACAGAUACUUUGCAGCAUGAAAGAGGAGCAGGGUAUAGGCCAGAAAGAUGGAGAGAGACAGGGAAAGAAGAGGAAGAGAAAGCAGCACAAUCCAAACCCCCUCAGCUGCCUCAAGAAGAAGAAGAAAAACGGGCCAACGCAGACUCUUACAAAAACUGAGCAAGGUCAAAAGAAGACUCGGAGUAGACACAAGAAACGUGUAACACAAGGAAAGGACCGUGUUUCCACUUCUAAAGUUCAAAAACCACCAAAUCAAAAGUGAAGGACGUUUUCAUAUUUGACUUAAUUUUCUACAGUAAACUAUGUGAACUCAAAGGGAACGAUCAAUAUCUGAAAUCCUUUACAUUAGUGUGAUUGUAAAUAAAAUAGUAAGUGACA